AUGUCGGCGCAGCGGGGACAGUUGCCCUCCAGCUGGGCCGCAUACGAACGUGGACGCGCAGAUUCUACAGGUACCGAUAACAGCCUACACCACGACCGCAUUCACUUCCAGAGCGAAGACGGAUCACAACAAUCGCAACAUGAUCGACCCUCAGAAACAGGAUAUCACAGUGCAUAUGCCGCGCCGGGCGAAGAUGGGGGCCCAGGAAGAGGAGUUCGAAGGAGGACAUCCUCAAUGGGAAUGGCUAUGAAGGCGGUCAGAGAGGCAGGCGGUGUGAACAGCUUCGAAAACUUCGCCCGCUCAUGGCAGCGUGCUGUAGGCUUUCAUGAGAUCACUCCAGUCAGGCAGAGCUUUCGCUAUGCAGAACCUGCAGACGAGGAUGAAGGAGAUGAGGAGGAGAUUGACACAACACCAAAGGCCCAGAGAUCGUUGUUGAGGCAACAGAUCGAAGCGAGGGACAGGGCCGUCUCGGACGAUGCGUUGGAGGAGGUGAACGACUUGACGACACCGAGCGCUCUGUCGCGAAGAACGACGCGAGAUCAGGAUCAGCACAUGUCCGAUCAGCUGCGUGCGAACGAGCAAGAGCCGCUGCUACACAAGACAAUCUCUCGCCAAUCGCGGCGCGACGACAACAUCUUUCUCAUCGAGCCUUCGUUGGCAUCUCCGUUUGGAGGCAGUUAUGGGAGCACCUGGGGCUCGCUAUCUUCACGUGUCAACGAAUCCAGUAUGAGGCACGCUGGCCGUCUGUUUCGUCAACAGCAAACGAAAGGAACAACCGCUCCAGACAAAGAACGUGAUCCUCUCCUGGUCACGCGAAUCGAGGAAGAGGAUGGCACCGCGGUCAAUGUCGUGGUCGGGCAGUCCACUUUACCUCAGACCAUCUUCAACUCCGUCAACGUGCUCAUCGGCGUAGGACUCCUUGCCCUGCCUCUAGCCAUGAACUAUGCUGGCUGGAUACCCGGGUUGAUAUUCUUCUUCUUCGCCGGCAUCUCAACUUGCUACACCGCUAAACUUCUGGCAAAGUGCGCCGACGUCGACAGCAGCCUCAUCACCUUCGCAGAUCUCGCCUACGUCUCCUUUGGACCCUGGGCCCGAAUCGGUACAUCAAUCGUCUUCUCCCUCGAGCUACUAGCCGCCUGCGUCGCUCUCAUUGUCCUCUUUGCCGACUCUCUCGACGCGCUGAUUCCCGGUUGGGGCCUUACGCAAUGGAAAGUCAUCUGUGGCAUUAUCCUCAUCCCGCUAUCCUUCGUGCCACUCCGCUACCUGUCCUUCACCAGCAUUCUCGGCAUCCUUUCCUGCUUCGGAAUCGUCCUCGUAGUCCUGAUCGACGGUCUCAUCAAACCCACCACGCCAGGCUCUCUCCGCGAACCAGCACCGACACAUCUCUUCCCCGCGAACUGGGCAACUCUCCCCAUUUCGUUUGGAAUCCUCAUGUCCCCUUGGGGUGGCCAUUCCGUCUUCCCAAACAUCUACCGUGACAUGCGCCAUCCGUACAAAUAUCGUCGGGGCGUAAACAUCACCUACGGUUUCACCUUCACGCUCGAUCUCCUCAUGGCCGUUGUCGGGUUACUGAUGUUUGGAGAUGGAGUCAAAGACGAAGUCACGAGGAACAUACUCUCAAACGACGACGGGGGCUAUCCAGCCUGGACCUCAGUCUUCAUUGUCAUCUGCAUCGCCAUCAUCCCUUUGACCAAAGUACCUCUCAAUGCGCGCCCCAUCGUCGCUACAUUGGAACUCUUCCUCGGACUCGACGCCAGGGCAAUGGGCAAUCAACCACCCACACACGGCCUCUCCGGCUUAACACGGGGCAUCCUCAAAGUCACAGUGCGCAUCCUAUGCGUCGUCAUCUUCGUGCUUCUGGCGAUCUUGAUCCCGGCAUUCGAUACCAUUAUGAGUCUACUAGGAGCCGUGGCAUGUUUUACGAUCUGCCUGAUUCUUCCGUGUGCUUUCCAUCUGAAGCUUUUCGGGAAAGAAUUGUCGGCGAGGCAGAAGAUGGUGGAUUGGAGUCUGAUUGUCGUGAGUACGAUUUUGGCGCUUGUUAGUACGGCUUUCAAUUUCGUGCCCAAGGCAGUGUUGGGGAUGAGCUAA